AUGGAGAUGACGCAGAGGCCAGGGUUGCUGAUUCUCUAUGGCUCGGAGACGGGCACGGCCGAGGACGUGGCGGAGUUGAUUGGGCGUGAGGCCAAGCGACGUCUCUUCCACACUCGCGUCAUGGCCAUGGACACCUAUGCCCGGGCGAAGGAAGGGUUCCUUCUGCCGCAGGAGACGCUGGUCGUGUUUGUAGUCUCCACCACCGGCCAGGGCGACCCGCCCGAGAACAUGAAGACAUGCUGGCGGUUCCUGCUUCGGCGGGAGCUGCCGCCGACGUCGCUGCAGAAGCUGCGUUUUGCCGUGCUGGGCCUGGGCGACUCGUCCUACGAGAAGUUCAACUUCAUGGGCAAGAAGCUCUACCGGCGGCUGCUCCAGCUCGGUGGCCAGCCCAUUCACCGUAGGGGCGAUGCCGACGACCAGCACCGACUCGGGUUGUUUGGCGAGCUCGACCCGUGGCUGAAAGAGCUGUGGGACAAGCUGCUUGCGCUCUACCCGCUCCCGCCGGGCGCCGAGAUCCUGCCCGAAGGCCAACUACCACAAGCUCCGCCGUACAACCAACAAAACCCGUUCGAGGCCACACUACUGGCAAACCGACGCCUGACCGCCUCCGACUGGGAGCAGGACGUGCGGCACAUCGAACUCGACAUCUCCGAAUCGGGCAUGGCUUAUGAGCCGGGCGACAUUCUCUGCGUGCUUCCCGCCAACCUGCCCGACGCCGUCGAUGAGUUCCUCGCCGCAGCUCAGCUCGACGGCAACCGUGUGAUCGCCCGCAUCACACCCAACCGCGCUGACGUGGAGCCGCCUGCGGUUGACUUGCCCUGCACGCUGCGCGAGUUGGUGACCAGGCACCUGGACGUCAACGCCUAUCCCCGGCGCUAUUUCUUCGAGGUCCUCUCCUUCUUCGCCGAUGACGCACUGCACCAGUCCAAGCUCCGCGAGCUGUCCUCGGCCGAGGGCCAGGAUGAGUUGAUUGACUACUGCGUGCGGCCCAAGCGAACGGCGGCCGAAGUGCUGGCCGACUUUUUCUCCGUCCGCUUCCCUGUGGAGUACCUGCUCGACAUCAUACCCAGCAUCAAGGCCCGCCAGUUCUCCAUCUCCUCUUCGCUCAAGGUCCACACGGGUCGAGUCCAUUUAUCGGUGGCGGUCGUCAACUACCGCACCAAGCUCAAGAAGACCAGGCGCGGUCUCUGCACGGCCUAUCUCGCCAGCCUGGCGCCCACACCCGAGACUACGGUGCGCGUGUGGGUGAAGAAGGGCGAUGUGCGUCCGCCGCGCGACCCCAGCAAGCCGGUGAUCAUGGUCGGCCCGGCGUUCCUGGAGGAGCGAUCGCACCUGGCCAAGCACGGAGUGGCCGUGGGCGAGAACACGUUCUACUUUGGGUGCCGGCACGAGAAGAAGGACUACCUCUACGGUGACCUGUGGCAGGAUAUGGUGGCGCAAGGCCACCUCCACCAUCUGCACACCGCCUUCUCGCGCGACCAGGAAAGCAAGGUCUACGUUCAGCACCGACUGCUGGAGAACGCAGAGCACACGUGGAACGCGCUCGUCAACCAGCACGCGCACUUCUACGUGUCGGGGUCGGCCAAACAGAUGCCCAAGGACAUCAAGGCGGCGCUCAAGGAGAUCUGCAAGACGCAGGGCAACAAGACGGAGGAGGAGGCCGAGGAGUUCUUCCAGCAGCUGCGACGAGAGAAGCGAUACCUCGAAGACACCUGGGACUAG